AUGAGGAUGGACUGCGGAGUCCUGCUGAGAUUUCUCUUGGUCUUUUUAUGGAUAAAACUCACGGACGUUGUCUCAAAGACAGUGUUACAGUGCCCAGAUACCUCAGUGGACGCAGAAAUCGGCAAGACAGUGAUUCUACGGUGUUUGACCGUGCCUCAAAUGAAUGUCAAUGACAUGACAGUGGAGUGGGUUGUUAAUGACACGGAUCACCAUGUUCAUGCACAACGCGGGGGAAAACAGAAACUUGAUGAUCAGAUGAAGGAGUACAGAGGAAGAACAUCUCUCUUCGACAGCAAACUUUCUGAAGGGAACUGUUCACUGCGCCUCACAGUACAGAUGUCUGAUAGUGGGAGAUAUCGCUGCUCUGUUAUUGGAGAAGAAAUUCUCUCCUGUUUUACGAACCUCACCGUCCAUGAACGUGUAAAAAUCAACUCUUCUGGACCCAUUAACAAGCCUCGUGAUACCAGCUCUUCAGGCUCAGGACAGACAGGUGGUGAUGGCAAGACUGGCAAUGACACCUCCUCUGCUCUUACUCCACCUAAAAUUGCUGCCAUCAGUGCCAGUGUCGUCAUCCCCAUCAUCAUCAUCAUCAUCGCUGUGGUGAUCUGGAAAUGUAGCAAGUCCAAAAAAGAACAAAACAAACAAAACAUGAAUGAAAAAGAGAUGAGAAGGAUUGAGUACUCAAAGGCUCCAGGAGACGACAACGUGUGACGCAGGAACAUCUGAAGUAUUUUUCUUUGACUUUUCUUUGACUUUCUUUGACCACCAAAAUGCUGUAAGUGCACUCCAGUGACACACUAAAGCUCAGGGCAUCAUUGUAUUCCUCAGCUAAAAAUCUGUGUUGGGGGUGGGGGUUCAUUUAUUUAUGUCUUUAUUCAUUUUAUUGGAGCAUUAUAUUUAAAAGAUUCAGUGUUUUUUUUUUUGCAGGUCAGACUCUGCACUGAAGCCGCUCUCCUCACGUCAAACAGUCAGUUUAACAUCUACCCAGUUAACACAAACUAACUUAGUGCAGUGACACUGAGCCCAACAAACUCAGAGAGAGAAAGAAGAGUAGGGCAAUGAGGGGCUUGCUAAUAAAUAUGCUGUGAUGAAAUAAGAUUUUGCAGACUUCAAAUAGAUACACACUGAAGGACCAUCUCUUGAUCCACACUCCUCCCAGUGAACGGUCUGUUCAGUGUGUCCCCCGUCAGCAUGAGUUAACACAGCAGCAGCAGCUAACAACUGACACAGCGUCAGCUAAUAGUCCCAGCUAGCUCAGACCAAAACUGCUUGACCAUGCUGUUAAUAACUGUGGGGUGACAACAUGUGAUGCCAGCAGUAAGCCAUGUCACUGUGAGCAUGCAGGUGGACUCUCACCAACUGUUUAUCAUGCAUCACUCUUCCACAGAAGCAGUCUCAUGAUAAACAGAGAGAGCGACAACGAGCAGGAAGGCGUCAAGCUAAUCAAUACGCUGCCCGCAGCUCCACAAUAAAAUAGGAUUUUACUCGCGGCUAAAAACUCUCCCAGUACGCACUAUUUGAGCCACCGAUCCAGGGUGUUUUUACUGACCCUUUCCCAGCAGUAUUUGAGCAACAGAACCUGGGUAUUUUUCACUGACCCGUUUCUGCUUUUCCAGUGAUUUUUGUGCCCCCUAACAUGGAUGUUUUAAGCCAAAACAUGACUUUUUCCAAACACAACCAAGUGUUUUUUGUGCCUAAACCUGUUUACAGAAACAUUUACAGCGAUUGGGCUGCUUAACUUCAGAGUGUGUUUUUUGGGGAAAGAGGAGUUCAGAGCCAUGGGCGUUUGUUUUUGGGAUAAUUGGCUGUCAGAGAAAUGGGUACUUGGUCCAAAGGGACAAUUUCCUGCCCAUUUUCCCAGUGGACAAGUGAGGUAUUGCAGCAAAAAACCAAAAGCCUAUUUUGUACUUCCCAGCUCCUGCAGAAGCAGUUCUGUUGAAGAGUAGAGAGGAAUAACUUUUGCGCCAUCUAUCGUCAUAUGAUAAUAAGCAACUCACAUUGGUGCCGUCAUAGUCUGGUUGUCAUGCUCAUCCUGUGUUGUGUGUUUCUUUCUCUUCCUGCGUCUUCUUCCUCACCUUUUGUUCUAAUUGUUGGUUGGCAACCAACUAGUCACAUUACCGCCACCUAGCAGAGUGGAAUGUGCAAAAGAAUUGACCUAUGGCUAAGCCACGCCCCCUCCACUCACUCGGACAAACUAUCAACAUUCAGUGCCCGGCGCUAUGGCAGGUGUCACAGUACACGGCAUUUCACAGGAGGCAACUGAUGAUUUUUGGGGACAUAACGAUCAGAUGUCAUUGAGAAGUAACCAAAAGGGCCUAAACUACGCAUUGGAGGGAUAUAUUCAUCAUUUUAUUGUUGAGAAGGUCGAUGAAAAGCUUAAAUUACAAGCCAAAAUUUACAGGUCACAGUGUACGCUUGUGAACCGCAUCUGGUUGCCGUCACCAUCAAAGACAACAAGUUAAAGUGCCACUGAAGUUAAGGUUUUUGGCUCAGAAUAUGAGAAAAGGAUAACGGCCUUUUUACCAUCUUUACCAAGAGUGUCUCUCCGUUAGUUUGGUGCUACAGUAUUUACACUGAAUCAUUCAGCAUAACAUUUGCCAACCUUUGUUAUCUCUGCCAUUACAGAUAAGUUAAUGAAGCUAAGCUCCAGAAGUUAACGUUAGCUUAACUAGAGCCCUUUGGACAACAGCUAACAAUGAUGUACCAUCACCAAAGUACAAAACUAGAACAAAAUAGGCUAAUGAACUCCCAGCAAACAAGGUGACAUGAUGAACAACGCAGCUAGGAGCUAACGUUAGGCUAACUUUAGCUAACGUUAGCUAGAGAUGUUAAAGAUAACUUUAUAUUUCUUUCCAGCAAAGUGACAAUAUGUUGCCUCAAACACAAUGUUGACUUACCUUAGAACAGAUGUAGACAUCAUUGUUAAUCUUAUUCACGUUGAGUUGAUGUUGUGGUCUAACGUUACCACACAACUUUAUCCAAAGGAGACACUUUUCUCGCUUGAGAUGUGGUUUAAAGUGUAAAAAUACACCUGGUCGCUCAGCCUCUCAGGAUACCUUGUGUCAGAGUUGCAUGUACCCCAUGCACACCGUUUGACCAUUUUUAAACUUCAAAUCUCAGAAAAAGCUCAUAAAACCGAACAAAACUGACUUUCUGUAAUGCAUUUCAAUGGACGUCCAGGCAGAGAAUGUCCCAGUGUAUGGGAAUGGCUAUACGCACUGUGAUUGGCUCAUCACGUUUGAGGGCGGGACUUAGCCAUAGGUCAAUUCCGGUUGACGCCCCGCAGCGCGACGCUUUCUGUGUGUUGGGGACGGCACUUGACUUGCAUCAAUGACACCGCAGUCAUGUGACGCCACCCGUGUGUUUUGGGCUUAAGUCUCUGCUAUACCAUGCAGCGGAUGACAGCUGUGUAAUUUCUUGUUGGGACUGACUGAACCAUAUCAGAGUGUUAAAGCCCCGCCUUCGACAUUAUGAAAGUGCAAUACUGAAUCACUGGAGUGCACCUUGAACAUGUGUGAAAAAAAUGUAACACUUCAUCCAAACAUUAUAUUUUUUUAUCAAGUCACCCUGCUCUGAAUUCCAGAUUUUGUGAACUCAUCAUAGCAUUAUGUAAAAUGUUUUUAACACUGAUUACAAACAGCAAAACACUAUUAAAGUAGUCAUACAGCAUUAUCUACACCUGAAGAUAUCCAUCCUCAGUACACAGUGCACCCCAAACACAUCUCUCACACUAGUCUUACAUUUACAUUUUGCAAGUUUUUAGCUUAACAUAUCUGCAAAGUUACAUCUUGCCUUCCCAUAUCUAAUUAAUUGGUAGGAGCAGUGUUUCCAUGAAAUAAUAAGAGUGAAAUUUCACCCAGCAUUCUCCGGAACUUGAUACAAAAACAAUUAAGUUUGGUUAAAGUGUUUUUUUCAGUACUGUCUCAUAAUGUCUCAUUAUUAUUAUACCAAUAAGUGCUAAAGAGAUGAUAAAGAAUGUCUGAGUCUUUAAAGAGUAACUAAACCCCAGAGUUAUGGCGACCUCUACGCUUGAAAUUCAAAAAAUGCCUCUAGAACAUAAGAAUGUAUCAACAUGUGCAGAGAUGGAAGGAUUGGCUAAGACACGCCCAGCCAGUCCUCCACUCUACGAAGGCUGCUACCAUAUACGCCACCAGCCACCACAUCAGCGGCAAUAACCAGUAGAGGGUGGUCACUAUGCAUAUUUAUAACACUUGUCAAGAUUUGGACCUGAAUCCAUCAAUGGGUUGGGGGUUUAUUUACUCUGUUUCUUAAUGUGAACAGACCUUUCCAUUUGAAUGUAUUUUUUUUACUGGAGUGUAUUUAUAUGACCUAAUUUUAUAGAACUUUUAUAUUUUUAAUAUGAAUAUCAUUCCAGUCAGACUUAUGAAAUGUAUAUUUUCUGUGUAGGUUUCUUGUAGGUAUGCUUCUUGUGCAUGCUUGAGACGAGUGAUGUGUUGGUUGGAAAUGAGUCAGCUCUUUGUGCCAGUUUGUUCAAAUGAAUGAUGGGAACUGGAAUAAAAAAAAUAAAUAAAUAAUAACGGCUCUGCAGGGUCAGAAAUUCUAACCUGCCAUGUGCCAAAUACAGGUAGAUUUUCCAUUAGGCAAGU